AUGGUGGGAAAAGCACUGCGAGCUGAAGGGGCAGCUGAAUGUAUUCAAGAGUCCCGAAGGACUCAGAUUGUUGGUGGAGCCAAUACUCCUACCUUUGGUUAUGGUAGGGGUGGUAGUGACUCAACCACUGAUCAGAAGAGAAAAGUUCCAUCUGGGUUUGGUGGUUCGAGUCAAAGCAGAAGGUUCCAAGGGAACCAAGGUCGUGGUAACUGUCAUAGUGGUCCUGAGAACUAUGAGUGUAAAGGCCAAGGAUGUUUCCAGUGCAGAGUAACUGAACAUUACAAGAGAGAUUGCCCACAGUUAAAGAAAGAAGAGCAGAAGACUGAAGCAAAACCCGCUCCAGCAAGGGUGUUUGCUCUUAAUCAGACUGAUGCAGAAGCUAGCCCUUCAGUUGUUACAGGUCAGCUUUCAGUCAAUAACUUUUACUAUUCUAUUUUGUUUGACUCUGGGGCCACUCAUUCGUACGUGGCAGUCAGAAUAAUUGGUAAAUUUGGGUAG